UCCGUGUACUUUUCGGUAUUUGAAGUUUCGUUUCAGAAAGUAUAAUUUAAAAAAGAAAAUGAGACACUUAUUUAAUUCUCAACUUAAAAAGCUAAAAUGAAAAACGUAAAACAAUUGUUUUUUUCAUUUUGUCCUUUCGCACAUCAGAAACGAAAAACCCAAGAAAAAAGAACGAGAAAGGGCCCUUUAUUUAUUUUGUCUGAACCGGAAGUUUUAGUAGGUCAACAACCUGUACAAGUGAUGCGCAAACUUAUGGCAAACACUGUAGUGUGGACAUCAUGACGUUGGAAAAAUACUCAGACGUGAUCAUGGAGAUGGCAAAACAAGGCCUGUCAUCGGAAAUUAUAUCAGAGCGUCUGUCAUAUGAACACGGGGAAGUGAGAGGAUUUUCUGCGAGAAAUGUUAGAAAGUUUUGUGCUGAGCAAAUCACUAGCUGUCGACUCUCGGACACACGGUUGGAGCUUGAGGUGACACAAGCUAUAAAUGAGGUGGGCCCAACAUAUGGCCGCAAAAUGAUGAAGGGCUAUCUGUCCACAAAAGGGGUACAUGCUGCAGAGGGACGAAUUGGGUCAAUUUUAAGAGAGGUGCAUCAACCUUAUCAUGAAGCAAGACGCCAGGGAGCUCGGAAUCUUAAUCCCACACCGUACCAUGCUGAAUGCAUGGGGCACAAGGUUCACCUGGACCAAAACGAGAAACUUGUAAUGUUUGGAGUCACCCAUGUUUUAGCUGUAGAUGGAUUCAGUAAAAAGAUUGUGAGUCAUUCCACAAUGCCAAUCAAAAACAACUUGAGCAUCUAUGAAUAUGUUUUCAGACCUGCAGUGAUCACCUAUGGUAUGUGGGACCAGGUGCGAGUAGACCAUGGAAAGGAAUUUUAUUUAACACUGUUCAUGCAAGAGAUGCUGUCACAUCAUCGCUUCAAUCAGGAGAGACUGCCUUAUUUACAGACCUCAUCCACAAGAAACCACACAGUUGAAAGGAUUUGGCCUGAAAUCAACAACCGUGUCAACUACCCACUAAAAACUGCCCUACUCCAGCUGAUGGACCAGGAGGAGAUAGAUAUGGAGGAUAACCUUGUGCGAUACUGUGUGUCCAAUCUAACCUGUCAGCUGUGUAACAUUGGUCUUGCAAGUGUGGUAGAAUCAUGGAAUGCUCAUAGAAUCCCAGGAAAAGGCAUACCAAAUCACUUUGCAGAACAUGGGUGUAAAAGAAGAAUUUCUCCAGAGCUCUUGCCAAAUGCACUUGAAGCAGCAGACCUUUACAGGCAGCACUUGGGAUCUGCACUCAAAGAAUAUUCGACUUUUGGAGUUGAUCCCUUCACAACCGAACAGGACAAACUUAGAACAGAGAGUCAUUUUGCAGAAAAAUAUCCUGAUAUUUCACAUUUGUUUUUUAGAGCCGUAAAUGGUGACUUUAUGCCAUACAAAGAAGCUCUGCUCUGUCUCAUAAACAUAACUCAGAGAAAUGUAUGAACCACUGCAUCUGUAAACUGUACAGAACAGACAAAAAAAAAAUCAACUGACUGUAAACAUUUGUGUGUACACACUACAUUACUCCUCUGCAAAAAAAGAUUUCAAUACAGAAAA